GAAUUUGGAUGGGUAUUUAUAGGAUUUUAGAAACCCUAAUUGAAAUAGAAGUAGGACUUGAAACAAAAAUAGGAAACUGAAUUUUGGAUGCUGAUCGCGUGGUGCUGACACUUCGGAUUACGUGUUGACACAAAAUAAGAAACAGAAUCUGAUUCUGGACUUUUAACGCAUGGUGUCGACACCUCGAUUACGUGUCGACACUACACCCGUGUCGGGUUUUUGGCCUCCUUUUGCAAUUUCUUUAAUGGUAAAGUAGCAGAUUUGGUUCCUAACUUCUAGAUUUUGCACAAGUUGAUCCUCAAGUCUCUGAUCUCUUCAAUUUACUUCUAAAAAAGAUGACCGAUGGUUUUAAGGAGAAAUUGGGAGAAGGAGGUUUUGGUCAAGUUUACAAAGCAAAGCUUAAGAGUGGUCGCCUUGCAGCAAUAAAGAUGUUAGGCAAAUCAAAAGCUACUGGGCAAGAUUUUUUCAAUGAAGUUGCUACCAUUGGAAGAAUUCACCAUGUCAAUGUGGUACAAUUGAUUGGUUUUUGUGUUGAAGGAUCGAAACGUGCCCUUGUGUGUGAAUUCAUGCCUAAUGGAGUGGCUCGUGAGAUUGAGUAUUUACAUCGAGGUUGUGAUAUGCAAAUUUUGCAUUUUGAUAUCAAGCCUCACAACAUUCUUUUAGAUGAGAACUUCACUCCAAAAAUCUUUGAUUUUGGUCUCGUGAAGUUAUGUCCUGUAGAAGGUAACACUGUGUCCUUGACUGCAGCAAGAGGAACAUUAGGAUAUAUGGCUCCUGAAUUGUUUUAUAGAAACAUAGGAAGUGUCUCUUACAAAGUUGAUGUUUACAGUUAUGGGAUGUUAUUGAUGGAAAUGGCUAGUAGAAGAAAGAAUGUGAACCCAUUUGCAGAGCAUUCAAGUCAAAUCUACUUUCCUUCAUGGGCAUCUAAGCAAUUGAAUAGAGGAAUGGAGUUGGAAAUACAAGAAGCUACAGAACAUCAAAAGAGAAUUGCAAAGAAAAUGGUCAUUGUAGCUUUGUGGUGCAUACAAAUGAAGCCAAGUGAUCGCCCUUUGAUGAACAAAGUGAUAGAGAUGCUUGAAAGCAGAACUUGAGAGCUUACAAAUACCUCCCACUCCUUUCCAGUUUUAUCCCCAUGCUAUUCAACAAGAUGAAGUUACUAAGAAAACCAACCUCCAAGAGUCUUCUAGUAGUUCUUCUUCAUGCAAUGAUAUAGAGAUUUAGUCAAUAAGUUUACUUGGAAAUGAAAAUUAAGUGGGAUG